CCUGUGAAAGAAGAAACUCUGUGUCCUAUGAAAGAAGAAAACUCUGUGUCCCGUUAAAGAAGAAACCUCUGCAUCGUGUGAAAGAAAGAACUCUGUAUCCGCUGUGUCCUGUAAAAGAAGAAAACUCUGUGUCCCGUGGAAGAAGACAAGCCCUGGAUCUCGUGGAAGAAGAUAACACCGUGCCCUCCAGAAUCCGGACGUGCACAACUCUAUAUCCUGAAAAUUACAUCAUGAAAAUAUUUCUCGUCGGACUGUGAGUCAAAAGAUUCAUAACGUUACUCAAUUUUCUCUUAUUAUUCAAUUGUUUUAAAUUAUUCUUUAUACUUAAUAUUUAGCGAUCAGUACUCGUAAUUAUAUUUAUCUAUAUAUUAAUACGUGAAGCAAAAACUUUGUGUCCCUUUUUACGAAAAUUGCGCGGACGGAGGAGUAUGAAAUUUUCCACACUUAAAGAGAAUGUAGAGAAGAAGUGCACAAUGGUAAUAUUUAUUUAAAAUAAUGCAUAAAUGAUACAUUAAAAUAAUAAAGAAAACAUUACACACACUACAUACCAUGUAUUUGACGCACACACGCAUGCAUACUAUUUAUUGUCAAACUUUUGUUCUUGGCGUCUGUUGUCAAAUUGAGAAUAGAUUAAAUAUUGUUUGUCUUUGUUAAUAUUUUUUAUAGUGUAGUUUUGGCGAAAUUUAUGAUUAUAGAAGUAUAAAAUACAAUCAUAAUAGUGUACAAACUUACAAUUCCAAUUAAUUAUAGUCGAAUUUCGACUGCUGCGGGGUCACUAGUUAACAAUUAAUGUUCGUGAACGACACAUAAAAAUAAAAGCGUCACUUGUAAAUUAUAUCCAGACGAGCUUAUCAGUACAGUAAUACGAAACCUUAGUCGCUCAACUCGUGACCGUCUAUUGCACCGUAUCGAAUCCAAGUUUAAUUUUUGCAUUAUAUUUUUGUUCGUUUAGAAAAUUUUCUCUAUUUUGUUGUAUUUUAAAUAGAUAAAAUGUCUGUAAAAGGUGAAAAAUAAGCCGAACGUGUUCAUAUUAGUGCACUAUUUAAAUUCAUAAAGCCUUUUUAAUGGCUCUAGAGAUAAAUUAAAUUCAUUUUUGUCUAUAUGUAAAAGUGCUAUUGAUCUAGCUACAGAAUCUCAAGAACCUAUUCUACUCAAAUACAUAUUAUCUCAACUCGAAGGAGAAAAUCGCCGGAUCCCCACCCGCGCGGCAGGUGGGAUAUGUGGGAGUUGAACCCACUAAAAACUCCUGCCGCUCACAACCGGCGCCCUACCUCGGACCGGGCCGGAGCCCAGUCGGGGCUAUUGAAACGGCGGGACAGGGUUGACGCAGAGCACAUUACAUCCAUCCCACCGUCCCACGGACGCCGGACCGGUGGCCGCCAGCGACACGACCACCGGUUCCCUCGUUCAGCGGGCCGAGAGCCCGCUUUGAUGGCGCCGCGUUACACCUUCCCCCAGAGCGGUCGGGGGAACGCGGUCUACCAUCACCCGGCUUCCUAUUGCGGGUGAGCGUGCCAAGCACGCCACCCCACGUCUGGGCCUCUCCCCGCACAAACCGGGUGGGACCCCUAGCUCUUAGGGGGCCAGGUCACGUAUACGACCCCGGUCCCGACCCCCUGCUCGGCGGCGGCGGGUUUCUGCGUAGUGAGGAGAGCUUUCUCUCACUCGUCCCGCCGCCUCCUUCUGCGAGAUGGUGCACUCGCAGAAGUCGAGCAUAGCCUUCCAUGACUCAUCGCUGCCAAGCAUCGACGCCACGACGCCAGGCAGCGACAAGUCAGGUCCUAUCUUUGCGACCAGGACACGGCGCUGCACCUCCCAAGCGGGGCAGACAGCGAGCGUAUGCUCCGCCGUGUCCAGGUCGUGUCUACAAUGGUGACACCUCGUCGUCGGCUCAGCCCCUAUCCGGCGCAGGUACUUCUCGAAGCAUCCGUGCCCGGUCAGCACCUGCACCAGACGAAAGGUGAGACGUCCUUCGCCACGAUUCACCCAGUCAUCAAAGAAUCGCCUUCACCUAAUAAAUGUUCACGAUUGACGAUGAAGGAAUAACAUCGUGUAAUAAAAAUCUAACCCGCAAAAUUAUAAUUUGCGUAAUUACCGGUGGUAGGACCUCUUGUGAGUCCGCACGCGUAGGAGCGCCACCCCGCCUAUUUCUGCCGUGAAGCAGUAAUGCGUUUCGGUUUGAAGGGUGGGGCAGCCGUUGUAACUAUACAGAGACCUUAGAACUUAUAUCUCAAGGUGGGUGGCGCACUUACAUUGUAGGUGUCUAUGGGCUCCAGUAACCAUUUAACACCAGGUGGGCUGUGAGCUCGUCCACCCAUCUAAGCAAUAAAAUAAGUUAUUCUUAAAAAUACAUUUUUAAUUCUACCAUACUGAUGAAUUCUAUCUAUUUUUAUCUCUAUUCUAGUUUUUUAUUUUUGUGAUGGGCGGACGAGCUUACUGCUCACCUAGUGUUAAGUGGUUACUGGAGCUAAUAGACUUUUUUUUUACGCAUUCCCUGGUAACCUAAGGGGCUAUUGGAAGUGGAAGUAUAAUGCUGUUGGAAGUGACUGUGUGGCCCGUAAUAUGAUCCUUCCUAUCCUAGACCAAAUCCUUCCCAUUAUUUGUCAUAUCCUGAAUGAAUCAUUAUCUAGCGGCAUCUUUCCAAAGGCUUGGAAAGAAGCACAGAUUACACCACUGCCAAAAAAGCCGAAUCCUACAUCCUUUUCAGAAUACCGUCCAAUUUCCAUUCUACCGUUUCUUUCAAAGGUUUUAAAACGCCUGAUUCACAACCAGCUCAGUGAGUUUCUUACGAGAAACGAGCUUUUAAACCCUUAUCAGUCCGGCUUUCGUCCUGGCCAUAGCACGGUCACAGCCCUGGUGCAUAUUACGGAUGCCAUCAGAUUUGGCAUGGAGAGUGGGAAACUGACGGUGUUGGCAUUGCUGGAUUUCAGUAAUGCUUUUGGCACCGUCGAUUUCGACAUACUUCUAGCCAUCCUUAGCUCCAUUAACAUAUCUCCAACCGUGGUUGAUUGGUUUCGCAGUUACCUGUCUGGUCGCCGACAGCGUAUUCACUGUGAGAAUGCUUAUUCUUCAUGGUGUGAAACGCACGUAGGUGUACCGCAGGGUGGCGUUUUAUCUCCUUUACUCUUUUCAAUUUUUAUAAAUUCUAUUUCUUUACAACUUACUUCUUCCUACCACCUGUACGCAGAUGAUCUACAGAUAUAUACGCAAUCUUCUUUACCAGAGCUGACCAACGCGAUAAAGAUCCUGAACAAUGACUUAUCGAUAUUGUCCCGUUGGAGUAAGUCUCAUGGAUUGAGGGUGAACCCGUCAAAGACACAGGUCAUUGUUGUCGGUAGCUCAAGAAUGUGUUCGAAAGUUACAUGGUCGCAGCUUCCGGCUAUUUUAUUUGACGGCGCACAAAUUCCUAUCAGCGAUACUGUGAAAAAUUUAGGUAUCUUAAUUGAUAAAAACCUUUCAUGGAACGCACAAAUAAAAGAGGUUAGCCGGAAGGUGUUUGCAUCAGCUGGAUCGUUGAGACGGUUACGAAAUUUUCUUCCAACUGCCACUAAAACUGCGCUUGCACAGUCUUUACUUCUUCCAAUUCUUGACUACGCUGAUUCCAGCUAUCCGGAUCUAACCGAAACACAACUUGAUAAACUUGAGCGGCUACAAAAUUUCUGCAUAAGAUUCAUAUUUGGGUUACGGAAAUAUGAUCAUAUAUCUGAAUUUCGCACUAAGCUCAAGUGGUUACCAAUUCGCCUUCGCCGCAAUACUCAUGUCCUUUCAUUACUAUACUGUACUCUCUUUAACCCCCAUACCCCUACAUAUCUCAAAGAACGUUUCGAGUUCCUAGGUGAUACGCAUAAUUUUUCUCUGAGAUCAUCAGAUAACCUGAGACUGAAAAUGCCGGUGCAUUCAUCAUCAUUCUUUGACAAUUCAUUCACCGUCCAGGCGGUUCGAUUGUGGAAUGCUCUGCCGGAUGCAGUGAGAAGUGCUCCAACUUUAAACUGUUUUAAAAGAAUGGUGAAGGAACACUACUUAUCUGCUUAGUGCUGUUUGUUGCAUCAUUAUCAUUUAUAAUUUCCAUACUGUUGAUUUAUUAUGUGUGUGUAAGUAUAUUAGUAUGUAUUGUAUGUAAGUAUGUAUAUUAGUAUAUAUUAUAUUAUGUAAACGGUAUAUAUCUGUUUAUUAUAUGUAUAUAUUUUCCAUAAUAAUGUAUAUGGUACACCGCAACAUACCUGCUAUAUUUUUUAUAUUUUACAAAAUUUCUGUAAAUUAAACGGUUGUCUGGAAGAGAUCGCUUUUAGCGAUAAGACCGCCUAUUGUACAUAUGUGCUUUUUGACUGUUUGUUUUUUUUUAAAUGUAAAUUGUGUUGGUGUGCAAUAAAGUGUAUUCUCUCUCUCUCUCUCUCUCUAUUGCAGCUCAGCUCAGACGGAAUAGGCAGAGUAAAUACCAGGACUCACUUUGAGACCUGAGUCGUAAUUCUCAGUUUUAUAGUAGAACGGCUACGUCAUUGUUCAAACCAAAACGCUUUAUUGUUUCACUGCAGAAACAGGUCGGGAUAGUGGUACUUUCCCGUGCGGUCUCACAAGAUGCCCGAGACGAUCUCGAAGAUCGAACUUCUUGAGCUCUUGGCUCAAAACUACAAUAACAAUGUUGAGACUAAAUGAUACAAAGCUUUAUAAAAAAAUACUUUAAUAAAACCAAAAUCGUUUUUGAAGUUGACGUGGCCUAAAGGAGUGUGGCCACGCGCGGUGUUUUGGUAUAGAGUGAUGCAACUGUGCUGGUGUUCGAAUCCUGCAGACAAGUACCAAUUUUUCUUAAGAGAUACGUACUUAACAAAUGUUCUCGAUUAUCUUCCACGGUGAAGGAAUAACAUUAUAAAAAUCAAAAAACCCGCAAAAUUAUAAUUUUCAUAAUUACUGGUGUUCCUGUGAGUCCACACGGGUAGGUACGGCCACCCUUUCUAUUUCUGCCGUGAAGCAGUAAUGCGUUUCGGUUUGAAGGGUGGGGCAGUCCUUGUACUGUGAAACUAAGAUCUUAGAACUCAUAUUUCAAGGUAAAUAGCAGUAUUUACGUUGUAGAUGUCUAUGGGCUCUGAUAACUACUUAAUACCAGGCGGGCCGUGAGCACGUUCCCCCAUCUAAACAAUAAAAAAACUCAUCACAGUGUCUCAAUUUACCUAUAGAAAUAAUAAUUAUUUAUUAUGAAAAUUAAAGAUCACGCUAUCGCCAGACACAAAGAUAACUUGAUGAUCACAUAACAACAAAAUAAAUUAUUUGUUUUGACCCCUCUUGAGACUGUUAAAUAAUAACACUGAUAAUUCGAGAUAAACCCAAUACUUUUUAAUUGUAUUAUGCAAUCUUAUUUUCUUUUAAAAAAAUAAAAAUAUUUAAAAUGCGACUAUUUGAAUCUUUUAUUUUUUGUUUAAUUUGACCUUUUUUGUCAAUCUAAUUUACUUUAAUGAUGGUUUGGCAGAAGAAAGCUCACGAGAGAAUUGAGCUUCCCGAACAUUUUUAUAGCAUAUCUUUGUUUCAAUAUAAAUAUGUUGAAGUAUUUUUAACAGAUCUGUAUGGGCAUACGAGGUCACAGUUUACCUAAAGUUAAGACAGCAUUCAUGUCAUCUUGCUUGACUCACCAAUUACCAAUGAAACUACACAUUAAAUCGUCCACAAAGUUCACAUACAAUAAUACAAAUAAUCUUUAUUUGCAUUUUAAGUAAUUACAAUUCUUUGGCAACUAUUGUUCGGACUGAAAUUAGAUUGUCGAGUUUGAAGACAUGAAGUUAUCAUAUAUUGCUAUAAACCUUACGAGUCGAUUUUUAUGGGGAAGGAUCAGGAGAGGGAUCAUCAUUUAAGAGAGAGGAAUCAUCAUGCAUAUGUAUCAUAUAAAACGUAAGCUCGCCGGAUCUUUUCAGACCCACCUACCAGCUAAUGUGUAACCGAAAUAGCCCCUUAGGCUACUAGUGAAUAGGUAGGAAAAAAAACAUUGGAACGCGUAUUUUCUUUUCUGGAAGUUUUUUUUUUAUUGCUUAGAUAGGUGCACGAACUCACAGCCCACCUGGUCUUAAGUGGUUACUGGAGCCCAUAGACAUCUAGAACGUAAAUGCGCCAACCACCUUGAGAUAUGAGGUCUAAGGUCUCAGUAUGAUUACAACGGCUGCCCCACCCUUUAAAGCGAAACGCAUUACUGCUUCACGGCAGAAAUAGGCAGGGAGAUGGUACUUACCCAUGCGGACUCACAGAGGUCCUACCACCAGUAAUUACGCAAAUUAUAAUUUUGCGGGUUUCAUUAUUGUUACACGAUGUUAUUCCUUCACCGUGGAAGUCAAUCGUGAACAUUUGUUAAGUACGUAUUUCAUUAGAAAAAUUUGUACCCGCCUGCGGGAUUCGAACACCAUUGCGUCGCUAGAUACGAAUGCACCGGACGUCUUAACCCUUUAUAGAGCAAGAGCCCGCGACAGCCAGACCUUCGUUAUUUUAUAAAAGCUGAAAGUUUCUCUGUGUAUGUCUCCAACACAGGUAAGAACGACCCGCGAUUAUAGAGUUCCGAUUGUGGUUACUUGGGCAGGUAACAGGCAGUAAAGGUAUAUAAAAUAGUACCUUAAAUUCGUUAAAGUAUAAAGGUUGUUUUUUUAAUAUUUAGUCCAGAAUAUCUUUAGAAAUCAUGAUAUCCGUUGCCGGACACUUUUUCCAGUUGUUACCCCCUGCCAGACACCCUUAAACUUUAAUAAAUUUUAAUUAUACUUUCGUUAUACUAUAAAAGCUAAAUUUUAUAUAUGUUACUUAGGGACUUAUAAAAAUAUGUUACCCCAAGAGCCGGACAGUUUUAAUGGUUCUUACAUCUUGCCAGACACAUUGAGAGCCCGCUGUAGGUGCGAGCGCGAGGUAGCAACUGUUC